GUCCUUUUGAUGAAUUAUUUCAUGCCCACUCUCUCUCUCUCUUCACACUCAUAUACGCUCUCACACAGUUCCAAAAUCCCUAAAAACAAAACCCCCUUCUCUCUCUCUCUCUCUCUCUCUUUCGGGAAGCCCCCAACACCGAAAUCCAUUUCUUCAUAGCUGCAUUUUAUUCAGAUCUCAAGGUGGAAACUUUCCCAAAACCCCACUUGAAAUCUUGAUAUUAGGGGAAGAGAGGAGUGAGUGUACAACUGAAGAACAGCAUUUGCCACUGUGAUUUGCUGCAUCAAAUGCCUCAUGUGAGAUGAGGAAGAAAGGCUAUUCCUAUUCCAACCUUCUUCUCCUCAUUGCUUUGUUCAUAGCCACACUCUCUCUCAGUGCCUCAUCGCUUUCAAUCUCACACAAUGGAGCCCUCACAGACGCAGAAGCCUCGUACAUCAAACAAAGACAACUUCUCUACUACAAGGACGAGUUCGGCGACAGAGGAGAGGAAGUAACCGUAGACCCUUCUCUCGUUUUCGAGAACAACCGCAUCAGAAACGCUUACAUAGCCUUGCAAGCGUGGAAGCAAGCCAUUCUAUCCGAUCCCAAGAACCUCACCGGAGACUGGGUCGGUCCCAAUGUCUGUAAUUACACCGGCGUUUUCUGCGCUCCUGCGCCGGACAACCGCAAGAUCCGCACCGUCGCCGGCAUUGACCUCAACCACGGCGACAUUGCCGGAUACCUUCCGGAAGAACUCGGUCUGCUCGUCGAUUUAGCGCUCUUCCACAUCAACACCAACCGCUUUUGCGGCACAGUGCCUCACAAGUUUGACAAGCUCAAAAUCCUAUUUGAAUUAGAUCUCAGCAAUAACCGCUUCGCCGGGAAGUUCCCCAACGUGGUGCUGCACUUGCCGAAACUCAAGUUUCUAGAUCUGAGGUUUAACGAAUUCGAAGGAACGGUGCCUAAAGAGCUCUUCGAUAAAGACUUCGACGCGAUCUUCAUCAACGACAACCGCUUCGUCUUCGACUUGCCGGACAAUUUUGGGAACUCGCCGGUGUCCGUGAUUGUGCUGGCGAACAACCGUUUCCACGGGUGCGUGCCGGCGGGAAUAGGCAACAUGAAGAGGCUGAAUGAGAUUAUUCUGAUGAACAAUAAUUUCCGGUCAUGUUUGCCGGCGGAAGUGGGGUUGUUGAAGAACUUGACAGUGUUCGACGUGAGCUUCAACCAGUUGUUGGGGCCAUUGCCGGAGGCUAUUGGAGGUGCGGUGAGUUUGGAGCAACUGAAUGUGGCUCACAAUAUGCUCUCUGGGAAGAUUCCUGAGAGCAUUUGUAAGCUUCCAAAUUUGCAGAACUUUACUUAUUCUUAUAACUUCUUCACCGGCGAGCCGCCCAAGUGUCUCGCCUUGCCGGCUUUUGAUGACCGGAGAAACUGCUUGCCGGCGAGACCGUUCCAGCGUUCGGCUGCGCAAUGUAAGCGGUUUUUGUCUCACCCUGUGGAUUGCAACUCAUUUAAGUGUAAGCCUUUUGUUCCUUCCUUGCCUCCUCCUCCACCACCGUCACCUGUUUAUAUUCCACAUUCUCCCCCACCACCAGUUUACUCUCCGCCACCGCCUCCGCCUCCGCCAGUAUACUCUCCACCACCGCCUCCGCCAGUGUAUUCACCGCCACCUCCACCACCUGUGUACUCUCCACCGCCACCACCUCCUCCUCCACCACCGGUUUAUUCUCCACCGCCGCCACCGCCACCACCUCCACCACCGGUUUAUUCUCCACCGCCGCCGCCGCCUUCACCUCCCCCUCCGCCACCGCCGGUAUAUUCUCCACCACCACCACCGCCUUCUCCUCCCCCACCGUCACCACCACCACCUUCGCCGCCUCCUCCCGUGUCAUCACCGCCUCCGCCACCAUCGCCUACUCCAUCGCCACCAUAUUGUGUAAGGUCUCCACCACCUCCGCCACCAAGUCCACCACCGCCGUCACCUCCACCAGCUCCGGUUUUCUCCCCACCGCCACCUGUGCCCUACUAUUAUAGCUCACCUCCGCCACCGCCGCCGCACUCGCCGCCUCCGCCACCACCUCACUCACCCCCGCCACCGGUUUAUCCCUAUCUAUCACCGCCGCCACCUCCUCCAGUUCACUCUCCACCUCCACCAGUCCAUUCACCACCACCACCUUGUAUAGAAUCACCUCCGCCACCACCUCCUUGUAUAGAACCACCACCUCCACCACCAUCCCCACCACCCUGUGAAGAGCAUUCACCACCACCACCAUCACCACAUCCUGCUCCUUACCUACCACCACCAUCCCCAUCACCUCCACCACCCCCUCUUCUAUAUAGUUCACCACCACCUCCACCUCCCACUCCUGUUUAUUACUACAAUUCACCGCCGCCGCCGCCACCUGCGCCUGUAUAUGAAGGGCCUUUGCCACCUGUAAUCGGAGUGUCAUAUGCAUCUCCUCCUCCACCACCCUUUUAUUGAUUCUUUUGAGAACUUUUCUCCUCUAACCCCUUAGCAAUCAAAUCAAAAACAUUCCAAGUUCACACUUUUAUUAUUGAUAUUGUUAUUGCUGCCCAUUUCUUCUUCCUGUGCCAUGUCAAGUAUGCAAAUGCGACUCUCGUCGCAUGUUUAGGGGCAGAGAGAAACAACAAGGGUUUGUCUAAGGCUGCAUGUUUUCAAUAGAGAAAAGGUUACAGUGGAUUCAGGUAAGAGGAGAAAGUCUCUCCAUAUUGAUUUGAAUUGUUAUGGAUAUUCGAGUUGUGAAAUAAAAAUGGCAGAGAAAGAGUAGGUUGCAGAGAAAAAUGUGUAUGUAUAGGGAUCAAUUUGGAGACCAUAGUUUCAGGGUUGCAAAGACAGUGGCACUUCUGCUGCUGCUGCAUGUUUGUGGAGUUUAUUGUUAUUGUCUCUCUUAUAUCAUACUUUUUUUACUUUUUUUAAUUUUGUUUCUUUUGCUUUGCAAUUUAUAGUAUAAUUUAUGAACAUUUUACAUGUAUUGAUUUUCUGAAUUGAGGUCAUUCCUUUCUCUUCUCAGUGUCUCAAAAUAUUUCUCUGCUAUGGGAAUGUUGUGUGUGCUUUUGCUUCACUUACCUGCAUUUGUAUUGUUAAUGAGACUAGCAUACUUUCUCAUAUGACCAGUAUGUGUUUGUUUGCACCUUUUGGAGCAAUACGCCUUAAUAUGGUUUUAGCAAAAUUUCAUUCUAUCCAUUAUCUUUGCAAAAAGUAAAAGAGAAACAUUUUCUAUGUAAAUUCGUUUACAACAUUACGAAAUGAAUAAGAUGUUAUGAAAUUUGUUUAGCCUAAGAAUUAAUUGCAGUUGGGCCUGUAAUUAUGGUGGUGUUAUCAAAGAUUAUGCUUGCGGUUUGAAAUGGUCCUCAAUCUUGGAUCGAGGUUUUGUGACUGCAGGUCCACAUUUCAGGUCUCCAUGGUGGGACCUGAAUAGCCAUCCCAAGAACCACAUUUCAUUUAUUUAAUUUGAUGAACCCUUCUUUUUCACUUGAUUAGCGGUAUCGUUUAAGAUUACACCCCAUGUGCACCUUUCGUCACAACUCUCAUAUUUGAAUUCAAAUCUGUUUAC